AUGGAGAGCCUGCCAUAUAAAGAAGGCCCUAACCUGGUGCACGGAAGAGUUGGAGACUUUGAAGGGCACUGGGGUAGGUUUUUGAUCGCUCUCACCCUCCUGGUCGCAGUGAAGGCCGAUGGCAGCAUACCCGAUGCGGCAUAUUCCCUGCAGUAUAGACUAGCCCAGGAGUCAAGCUACAAUGGGCCUGCAGCCAACAUCAUCGUCACUCCUCAGGGAUUCUUGGCUGACACUCCUGAAGUCGCUGCUCUCAAGAGCGCUCAUUUAGCAGAGAAAAUGAAACUUUACCUAGCUGCUGAACCAAAUCGUGCAUCAAACUACAACCCUGUCCAACAUACAGGCUUCCAUUCUCCCCAGACCAACACACCUAAUGAGGCAUAUUCCCUGAAGUACAGACUAUCCCAGCAGUCAAGCUACAACGGACCUCCAGCCAACAUCAUCGUCACUCCUCAGGGAUUCUUGGCCGACACGCCAGAAGUUGCAGCUAUCAAAAACGCCCACUUAGCGGAGCAUAAGAAACUGAAUGUCGGUGCUCAACCAACGUUUGGUAUUAACUACAACCCUGUGCAACACAGUAGCUUCCAAGAUCCUCAUGCCCACAUCAUCGUCACCCGUGAGGGAUUCUUGGCCGACACUCCAGAAGUAGAAGCUUUAAAAAAUGCUCAUUUAGCCGAGCACAAUAAACUGAAGGGCGUUGCACAGUCAAAUUUUGGAACCAAUUACAACCCUGUACAAUACAAUAGCUUCCAAGGACCUCAGGCCAACAUCAUCGUCACCCCUGAGGGAUUCUUGGCUGACACUCCAGAGGUUGCAGCCACUAAGAACGCUCAUUUGGCUGAACACUAUAAACUCGCCACCGGUGCUGGAGUUCCAGGACCCAAUGUUUUCAGCCAGAUCAGAUACUAG